GGCAGAAAAGAUCCCUUCAGUCUCCGACAAGCUGUGAUGGAAUAUGACAGUUCACAGAAACCAAUAUGGAUUCACAAAGACAUCUGAAACACGGAGCACCUGGUUCAGUGGAUGAAAUUGUGUCUAAACACAUUUUCAACCCUGUGGAGAGGAUCACACUAUCUAUCUUCCUGGUGGCCAUCAUUAUAAUGACUGCACUUGGAAAUUUGCUUGUGAUGGUGGCACUUUGUAAAGACAGACAGCUAAGGAAGAAGAAAACCAACUUCUUCAUUGUAUCACUGGCAUUUGCUGACCUUCUAGUUGCUCUUGUUGUGAUGCCCCUGGCAGCCAUAGAGUUGACCACAGGUCAGUGGAGUUAUGGAGACACGUUCUGCUUGGUCCGCACCUCACUGGAUGUUCUACUAACCACUGCAUCUAUCCUGCACUUGUGCUGCAUUGCACUCGAUAGGUACUAUGCAAUCUGCUGCCAGCCUCUGAUCUACAGUAACAAGAUGACACCAGUGAGAGUGUCACUGAUGUUGAUUGGAUGCUGGGUCAUCCCAUUUUUCAUCUCGUUCCUGCCCAUCAUGCAAAGCUGGAAUACGUUUGGAAUUGAGAAAAUUGUCGAACACAGAAAAUUAAACGUUUCUCAUAAUACAACUUCUUGCGUGUUCAUGGUGAACCAACCCUAUGCCCUGGUCUGUUCUGCUGUGGCCUUCUAUGUGCCUUUGGCCCUGAUGGUUCUUGCGUAUCAGCGAAUCUACAUCACCGCUAUUGGCCAUGCUCGACGAAUCAGCUUGUUGCAUCAGGCAGGUUCGGCCCCCAUGACUUACCCUAACCAAGAUCAACACGUCUCCAGUCGUAUAAAGAACGAAACCAAGGCGGCCAAGAAACUGGCCGUCAUAAUGGGCUGCUUCUGUCUGUGCUGGGCGCCCUUCUUUAUCACAAACGUGGUGGACCCUUUCAUCCAUUACACCGUGCCCACGCAGAUGUGGACAGCUUGGCUCUGGUUGGGCUACAUCAACUCGGGAUUAAACCCGUUCCUCUAUGCUUUUUUGAAUCGGGCUUUUCAGAGAGCCUUCCUCAUGAUUCUGUGCUGUGGGGAUGAGCGCUAUGCCCGGCAGGGAGGCUUUAGUCCGAGCAGAUCGUCUGUCAACGGGAACUCCAUUUCUCUCAGAUUGUCAUUUCUACCGAACCGAAGGUACAGUGACAAUUCCAACCGAAUCCUGUCAAGUGAACUGGAGUCGCAGGAGUCUGUUAUUGCCUCAUAAUUCACAUGCCUACAGAUGCCAUUUGAUGGUUAUGACUGACUAUAUCCAGUAG